AUGGAGAACCACUCGAAAUAUUCGACUCACCGACCUGCGGGUCGAGAACACUUCCCUCACUAUCCCAAGGGCUUCAUUGCAGUUCGAAUCCUCCAGUUGAUCAUCACAGUUGUCUGUCUAGGCCUGUGUGGUUAUGGCGUCACCUUCUUGGUAUUCUCAGGGGAUGCUCUGAUGCUGUUCACUGCCGUAGCAACACUCAUCAGUUGCAUAUAUCACCUUGUUGCUGAGUUCGGCUCGCCAAACCUUUACAAUUACUGGGCCGUCAUGGCACUGGAUAUCUUUCUGCUCAUUUUCUGGCUCAUUUCCUUCGCGCUACUUGCUUCCCAAAUUGCACCCGUAUUCGACAGUUACACAUCUUGCGAUGCCUACGACUACUGCUAUUCGUACAGCCUUACCGACGCUGAACUGAUUUAUGCUGCUUGUCUGGCUGGGGCUGCUGGCCUGGGAGGCCUCGAAUUUGUUCUCUUCAUUGUUUCCCUUGCUAUCCAUAGUGUUGGCGUCCACCGUCACCGUAAAGCUGGGCUUCACAACACGCCUGUGGCCUCGACCACGGCACAUAAGGGCGCACCCGCUGCCACAGCUGCAUCAGCCGGGGGCGAGAAGAUUCAGAUGCAACCACAGUCUCAGCCCUACUCCCAGCAGACGCCGGGCACUUCUCAAGCGCAAGGCUUUCCCCAACACUCGGCACAGUCUCCGUCGCCGUCUCAGCAAGUAUACACAGCCCCUCAGCAGCAGUUUUACCCUCAACAGGUGCCAAGCCCGCUGUCGGCGCAACAAACGGGUAGCUCGUUCCAACAG